AUGAACUGGCACAUGAUAAUCUCUGGGCUUAUCGUAGUGGUGCUUAAAAUUGUUGGAAUGACCUUAUUUCUGCUUUAUUUCCCACAGAUUUUUGGCGAACAUAAUGUCAUCUUCAUUCCCACAGAGAGCUCUGGAACAGUUCCACAGAUUUUGGAGAAUGGCACUGUCAGCUUCACUCCAACAGAGAGCUAUGGAACAGUCUGCCCCAAGGGGUGGAAUUUUCAUCAAGGAAGAUGUUUUUUCUUGUCCAAAUCGGAAUUGCCUUGGAACAAGAGCAUGAACUUUUGCAAAGUAAAAGGAUCCACGUUGGCCAUCGUCAACACACCAGAGAAACUGAAAUUUCUCCAGGACAUAACUGGUGCUGAGAAGUAUUUUAUUGGCUUAUUAUACCAGCCUGUAGAGAAAACGUGGCGCUGGAUCAACAAUGCUGCAUUUAAUGGCAACGUUACCAAUCAGGGUCAGAAUUUCCACUGUGUGACCAUAGGUCUAACAAAGACAUAUGAUGCUGUUUCAUGUAACAUCACCUACCGCUGGAUCUGUGAGAAGAAGGCCCAAUGA